AUCAUCACUUUCUCUCAACCCUCAUUGCCAAACUCGCCGGCAAUCGGCUAAGAUUGAAACCCAGAAUCAUCAAACUACAAGACGACACCGUUCUCCUCCCUCUCUCUCUCUCUCUGUGUCUCUCACAGAGAUCGGUGCACGGAUGAUUUGUGACGUAUAUACGUGCAUUGGGAGAUAUCUUUAGGUGUAUAAUAUAUACUGUGUGUAUAUUUAGAUACGUGUUGAUAGAUUUUUGCAAUGUCGGAGGACGAGAAGUUGUUGAAGGAGGCUAAGAAGCUUCCAUGGGAGGAGCGGUUGACGCACAAGAAUUGGAAGGUACGAAAUGACGCCAACAUCGACCUCGCGGCGGUGUUCGAUUCCAUCACCGAUCCCAAGGACCCGCGCAUACGUGAAUUUGGACCGUUUUUUAGGAAGAUGGUGGUCGAUUCAAAUGCGCCGGUUCAAGAGAAGGCACUUGAUGCUCUAAUUUGUUACUUGAAAGCAGCUGAUGCUGAUGCGGGAAGGUUCGCGAAAGAAGUAUGUGAUGCAGUAGUAGCUAAAUGCUUGACGGGGAGGCCGAAGACAGUUGAGAAGGCUCAAGCAGUAUUUUUGCUUUGGGUAGAGUUAGAGGCUGUUGAGGCAUUCCUGGAUGCUAUGGAGAAAGCCAUUAAAAAUAAAGUUGCCAAAGCUGUUGUUCCUGCGAUUGAUGUCAUGUUUCAGGCCUUGAGUGAAUUUGGAGCAAAGGUUGUCCCGCCGAAGAGAAUAUUGAAGAUGCUUCCUGAAUUGUUUGAUCAUCAGGAUCAGAACGUUCGAGCCUGCUCUAAGGGUCUAACAUUGGAACUCUGUCGCUGGAUUGGGAAGGAUCCAGUGAAAUCAAUACUUUUUGAAAAAAUGCGUGAUACAAUGAAAAAAGAAUUGGAGGCUGAGCUCAUUAAUGUCACUGGAUCUGCUAAGCCAACUCGCAAAAUAAGAUCUGAGCAAGACAAGGUGCUUGAAGAGGAUGCUGUUCCUGAGACAGCUGGCUCUGGCCCUUCCGAAGAAUUAGCUGAAGACAUUCCACAGGAGAUAGAUGAGUAUGAACUUGUAGAUCCUGUUGAUAUUUUGACUCCCCUUGAGAAGUCUGGGUUUUGGGAAGGAGUGAAAGCUACAAAGUGGUCUGAACGGAAGGAAGCUGUUGCAGAGUUAACAAAGCUUGCUUCCACAAAGAAAAUAGCACCUGGUGAUUUUUCAGAAAUUUGCAGAACAUUGAAGAAGCUUAUCACUGAUGUAAACAUUGCUGUAGCUGUUGAAGCCAUACAAGCAAUUGGAAAUCUUGCAAGGGGACUAAGAACCCAUUUUUCAGCAAGCUCACGGUUCUUACUGCCUGUUUUACUGGAAAAAUUGAAAGAGAAAAAGCCUGCUUUGUCAGAGUCACUUACUCAAACACUGCAGGCAAUGCACAAGUCUGGGUGCUUAAAUCUCCCAGAUAUUGUCGAAGAUAUUAAAGCAGCCACAAAGAAUAAAGUUCCUCUUGUUCGAUCUAUGACAUUGAACUGGGUGACAUUUUGUAUUGAAACGAGCAACAAAGCUAUUAUUCUCAAAGUUCACAAGGAGUAUGUUCCCAUUUGUAUGGAGAGCCUGAAUGAUGGAACACCAGAGGUUAGGGAUGCUGCAUUUUCAGCUUUGGCAGCUAUUGCUAAGUUGGUUGGCAUGAGACCUUUAGAGAAAUCAAUUGAGAAACUUGAUGAUGUUAGAAGGAAGAAGCUUUCGGAAAUGAUUGUUGGGAGUGCUGGUGAAUCUGAUGGUUCAAAUUCAGUUGCAGUGCCAUCUUCAGGAGCAAAUGUAACUUCCACUGUGGCAACAGAUGGAUCUUUUGUUAAGAGGUCUGCUGCUAGUAUGCUUAGUGGGAAAAAGCCUGUUCAGGCCGCUCCCAUUAACAAGAAAGCAGUUCCUACAAAAUCUGGGACGGCCAAAAAGGGAGAUGGGGGUGGCCAGUUAAAAGCUUCGAAGCCUGUGGAAAUUGAAGAUGUAGAGCCAGCAGAGAUGAGUCUCGAAGAGAUUGAGAGCAAAUUAGGUUCCCUUAUACAGCCAGAGACAAUUACUAUGUUGAAGAGUGCAGUGUGGAAAGAGAGGCUUGAAGCUAUUGUGUCGUUUAAAGAACAGGUUGAAGCGCUUCAAGAACUUGAUCCAUCAGUAGAGAUUUUAGUCCGUUUGCUCUCUGCUGUUCCUGGAUGGAACGAAAAAAAUGUUCAGGUCCAGCAGCAGGUCAUUGAUGUUAUUUCUCACAUUGCUUCAACAGCAUCAAAGUUCCCAAAGAAAUGUGUUGUACUUUGCAUUCAAGGUAUCAGUGAAAGAGUUGCUGACAUCAAGACACGUGCUCAAUCCAUGAAAUGCCUCACUACUUUUUGUGAAGCUGUGGGUCCGGGAUUUGUUUUUGAGAGACUUUUCAAGAUCAUGAAAGAGCACAAGAAUCCUAAAGUUUUGAGUGAGGGUUUGCUGUGGAUGGUUACAGCAAUUGAUGAUUUUGGUGUUUCACAUCUGAAACUCAAGGAUUUAAUUGAUUUUUGUAAGGACAUUGGUUUACAAUCCAGUGCUGCUGCCACACGAAAUUCCACCAUUAAACUUAUUGGAGUAUUACACAAGUUUGUUGGCCCAGAUAUCAAGGGAUUCCUAACAGAUGUAAAACCUGCUAUUCUAAGUGCUCUUGAUGCAGAAUAUGAAAAAAAUCCGUUUGAGGGAACAUCCUCUGCUCCAAAGAGGACAGUGAAGGCAUCAGAUUCCGUAACUGUGUCUAGUGGUGGUGGGCUAGAUGGUCUACCACGUGAAGACAUUAGUGGAAAGAUUACACCUGCUUUGCUUAAGAGUUUAGAAAGUUCAGAUUGGAAGAUUCGAUUGGAAUCUAUUGAAAGUGUUAAUAAAAUUUUGGAAGAGGCCAACAAGCGCAUUCAACCUACUGGAACUGGAGAGCUGUUUGGUGCCCUCAGAGGUCGGCUCUACGACAGCAACAAGAAUUUAAUCAUGGCAACUUUAUCAACAAUUGGUGCUGUUGCGUCUGCUAUGGGACCAGCAGUUGAGAAAUCGAGCAAGGGCAUUCUCUCAGACAUAUUAAAAUGUCUUGGUGACAAUAAAAAGCACAUGAGAGAGUGUGCUUUGAGCACACUAGAUUCUUGGCUUGCUGCUGUUCAUCUUGAUAAGAUGGUACCUUAUAUCACUACCUCUUUAACGGAUGCUAAAAUUGGCGCGGAGGGGCGUAAGGAUAUUUUUGACUGGUUAUCCAAACAACUUGCUGGAAUGAAAGAAUUUCCUGAUGCCAUUCUUCUUUUAAAACCUGCUGCCUCUGCUAUGACGGAUAAAUCAGCUGAUGUACGGAAAGCGGCUGAAGUUUUCUUUGGUGAAAUACUGAGAGUUUGUGGACAAGAGAUGGUGACCAAGAAUCUGAGAGAUAUUCAGGGACCUGCUUUAGCAAUUGUAAUUGAACGGCUAAAACCCUAUGGGGCUCUACAAGAAUCAUUUGAAUCAGGAAAAUCAGUCUCAACAGUGACAUCAGCUAAAAACAGUUCAAAGAUGGGAAAAUCUAGUGCUCCUAUUGAUCGUGCUUCCCGCCAUGGAAACAGAGUGGGCUCUUCGAGAGCUCUUCCUGUGAAGAGCUCAAGGCAGGAGUCCCUUAUGUCUGUUCAGGACAUCAGUAUACAGUCACAAGCUUUGAUAAGUGUCAAGGACUCAAACAAGGAAGACAGGGAGAGAAUUGUUAUUCGUAGAUUUAAGUUUGAGGAGCCACGUCUUGAACAGAUUCAAGAUCUUGAGACUGAUUUGAUGAAAUACUUUAGAGAAGAUUUGCAUAGGAGGCUUUUAAGUACAGACUUCAAGAAGCAAGUUGAUGGGAUUGAAAUGUUACAGAAGGCACUUCCAUCUAUUGGAAAGGAAAUAAUUGAAGUUCUUGACAUACUCUUGAGGUGGUUUGUCUUGAGAUUCUGUGAAUCCAACACUUCAUGCCUACUGAAGGUGCUGGAAUGCCUUCCUGAGCUUUUUGAUAUGUUAAAGAAUGAAGGUUACUCCAUGACAGAAGCCGAAGCAGCCAUUUUCCUUCCCUGCUUGGUUGAAAAGUCUGGUCACAAUAUUGAGAAAGUACGAGAAAAAAUGCGGGAGCUGAUGAAAAAAAUAAUUUACACGUAUUCUGCAUCAAAGACUUUUCCUUAUAUUUUGGAGGGUUUGCGCUCUAGGAACAAUAGAACACGGAUAGAAUGUGUUGACCUUGUUGGCUUCUUACUGGAUAACCAUGCAGCAGAGAUUGGUGGACAGUUAAAAUCCUUGCAAAUUGUUUCUAGCUUAACUGCAGAGCGGGAUGGUGAAAUUCGGAAGGCUGCUUUGAAUACUCUAGCUACUGGUUAUAAAAUAUUAGGUGAUGACAUUUGGAGAUAUGUUGGAAAGCUCACUGAGGCUCAGAGAAGCAUGUUAGAUGAUAGAUUUAAGUGGAAGGCUCGGGAGAUGGAUAAAAGAAGGGAGGGGAAACCAGGGGAAUCUAGGGUUGCUUUGAGGCGUUCAGUGAGGGAUACAGGGUCUGAUAUGGCAGAGCAAAGUGGUGAAGUUUCGAGGUCUAUAUCUGGCCCAAUUGUAAAUAGGGAGAACUAUAACCAAUCUGAGCUUCCCAUGGAGAGGCAUCCAAUGCCUUUGCCAGUUUCUGGCACAAAUGGUCCCACUAACUGGAAUGAAGCCCUGGAUAUAAUAGCAUAUGGUUCUCCAGAGCAGUCCAUAGAGGGAAUGAAAGUUGUAUGCCAUGAAUUGGGACUAGCAAUGGAAGACCCCGAAGGCACUGGAAUGGAUGAAAUUGUAAAAGAUGCUGAUAAGCUUGUUUCAUGCUUAGCAAAUAAGGUAGCCAAGACUUUUGAGUUUAGUUUGAUGGGUGCCUCAUCAAGAUCUUGCAAAUAUGUUCUCAAUACACUUAUGCAGACUUUUCAAAAUAAAAAUCUUGCUCAUGCUGCCAAGGAGAGCACUGUUACUAUACUUAUUACUGAGCUUUUGCUCUGGCUUCUAGAUGAAAGGGUUCCACGAAUGGAUGAUGGUAGUCAGCUUCUGAAAGCCUUGAAUGUUCUGAUGCUUAAGAUUUUGGAUAAUGCUGAUCGAACAACAUCAUUCGUUGUGCUCAUUAAUCUUUUACGGCCUUUGGACCCAUCAAGGUGGCCAUCUCCAACAGCAAAUGAGUCCCUAGCUGUUAGAAAUCAAAAGUUCUCUGAUUUGGUUGUGAAAUGUCUUAUCAAACUUACCAAGGUUCUCCAAAGCACCAUUUAUGAGGUUGACCUUGACCGCAUUCUUCAAAGCAUUCACAUAUACCUACAAGAACUUGGUAUGGAAGAAAUCAGGAAGAGAGCUGGAGCUGAUGACAAACCAUUGCGAAUGGUAAAAACAGUUCUACACGAACUUGUUAAGCUUCGUGGUACUGCCAUAAAGGGUCACCUUUCCAUGGUUCCAAUUGAUAUGCAACCACCACCUAUUAUUCUUGCAUACAUUGAUCUUAACCUUCAGACAUUGGCAGCUGCGAGAAUGUUAACCCCUUCUGUACCUGGCCAAACGCAUUGGGGUGAUUCCACUGCCAACAAUCCAGCACCUACAACACAUUCUGAUGCACAAUUGAAGCAAGAAUUGGCUGCAAUAUUCAAGAAGAUCGGUGACAAGCAAACGUGUAAGAUUGGUCUCUCUGAGUUAUAUCGAAUCACACAAUUAUAUCCCAAGGUUGACAUAUUUGCUCAGCUGCAGAAUGCAAGUGAAGCAUUUCGGACUUAUAUUAGAGAUGGUUUGGCCCAGAUGGAGAAGAAUGCAGCUGCUGGAAGGACUCCAUCUAGUGUUCCUAUGCCAACACCUCCACCAUCUGCAUUAGACCUAUCUUCCCCCAAAUUCGGCCCUCUAUCCCCCGUAAAUACAAACCCAUCUAAUGAUACAAAGUCCGUGAACUCUAAAGUAGAGCCCACACACUUCAGUCUGCCACCAUCAUAUGCCGAGGACGAAAGGUCUAGUAAUACAGUCCUUUCAAGGGGUUCAGUGAUGGAUCAAUCAGAAUUGCGGCAGCAGCUAGGAGAACAAAGAAUUGAAAGAUUGCCAUCAGGAGUUACUGGCGGAACUUUGGAAGCUAUCAGGGAAAGGAUGAAAAGCAUCCAAUUAGCAGCAUCUACGGGCAUUCCAGAUCCUGGAAACAGGCCAGUGAUGUCCACGAACGGGGGCAUCAACCAUGGAAUCUCAAUCCCAAGCCAACAUUCUUCUGCAACUGAACACAUUGUGAGUGAGAAUCCUCCUCCCCCACAGAGCGGAAUUCUUCCAAUGGACGAAAAGGCACUCUCAGGGCUUCAGGCACGCAUGGAAAGGCUUAAAAGUGGGUCUCUUGAACCACUUUAGAGAAGAAGGUCCAAGUAUAGCAAUCUUUAAAUCCCGGUUUUAUCAGUUUGUACAUCAUUCAGAUCCCUUCGACAUGUCCGGAUAGAAGGUGGAAGUUUGUGAUGUAUUGAUUUCACUACGGAGUAGGGUAGUUCUUAAUGUUUAGUAGGAUUAAUUGUAUAUUGUAGGGUUUCAUCUGAUUUUUCAUUGGUUCCUAACAUUCAAAUCUUUUUUAAUUAAACCUCUCCAAAAUGGUCACUAUGAAUCUUGAUAUCCAGUUUUGCAAUGAAUUCAAAAUUUACUACUAA